ACCAUUAAGUCGAGGGGUGUGUUUUGUGCAUCUCGGCAACCCGCUAUAGCCACUUGAUGCUGCCUGAUUUUAAAACACAAUCUGCUUCUUGCCGGGAGAGCUUUUUCUUCAUUUGGAGCAAUUUGCGGAGAGGUGAGCAGACAGUCAGAUGGAGCCGGGCGCCGCCAUCGCAUGCCCGCGUCCUCUUUUAAUUGCUUUAAGUGCUUUCUUUGCACCCUGCUUUUUGCACUUUUGGUUCAGUUUUGAAGCGUUUUGACGCUCAGCAAUAUGGAGGAUCCGGAUAUACGGCAGCAGAAACUGGACAAUCAGCGAUCUAUUUUGCUAAAGAAGCAACAAAAGAAGCGUGCCGAUUGUCAAAUGGUGGUCGCUAACCGGGACGCCCGCCAGAAGAACCGCAGACAAAAAGGCCGCUCGGACGAGACGGCGCUGCUGAUCAGCCGGUCCCUGAGCAACAUCUCCCUGAGCGACCAAGUGGAGCACGCGCAUGACAACCCGAUGGAUGUCAUCACGCUGGCGGAGGGCGAGGAUGACGACGCCGAGGCCGCCGCCGUGUCAGGUGAGGUGGUUGCCGAGAGGCCGUUCGCUCCCAAAAAGCUCAACUUGGACACGGAGCAAGACGGAAACGAAACGGAGGACAACGAUGUUGGCGCGGAAGGCCAGAAGACCAAGAACAGAGAGAAAGACAAACGUGAGAAACAAGCGGAACAUUCCAGCGACGGGUUCAGUGUACUAAUUAAGAACGUGUCGUUCCCAGCCGAGGAGGACAAUGACGGCCGGGAGAAAAAAACAAAACGGAAAGACAAAGCCAAAGAGCGCGACGAUGGACAGAAGAGCAGCAAGAUGACGAAACAGGAGCGCAAAAAGAAGCACUCGCACGACACGUCGGCUUCAAAGCCGAAGAGUCCCAAGAAAAACGGACGCCACGAAAGCGCUGACGAAGAGGAAGACGAGUGCCCGACACCAUCCCGUGACACUUCUCGGAGGAAACAUCUGGACACGUCCAGGUGCCAAAUAAGCGACGACAGCAAGGACGAAGACCUUCAAACGGAAGCCAAAGAAGGAAAAAAGAAGAGGGGAGAAAAAACCACGCCGAGCUUAGCCUCUCUCAACUCCAACUACAAGGAGAGCUCGUCUUCGGGCGGCAGCCAAUCCACUAACGGAACGGCCUCUCCUUUAUCGCUGGAGGACCUCGAGGCCUUCGCCUUGCGGCCCGCCCCCAGAGACGUAACCAUCCAGUGUCGGGUCACCAGAGACAGGAGAGGCAUGGAGAAGGGCAUGUACCCCACUUACUACCUACACAUGGAGAAAGAGGACGGAAAGAGGAUGUUCCUAAUGGCGGGCCGUAAAAGGAAGAGGAGCAAAACAUCCAACUAUCUCAUCUCAACAGAUCCUACCAAUCUGUCCCGAGACACUAGCUGCUACAUCGGAAAGCUAAGGUCCAACGUUCUGGGAACAAAGUUCAUCGUAUACAACGGGGGAGAAAACCCGGAGAAAAAGCCUUUCAUUAAAGAAUGCGAAUCUGUGAGACAAGAGCUGGCCGCCAUUUUUUACGAAACUAACGUUCUGGGAUUCCGGGGUCCUCGUAAAAUGACGGUGAUUAUCCCGGGAAUGCUGGAGAAUGACGAGAGGGUGGCCAUUCAGCCCAAAAAUGAACAGGAAACCCUGCUAGCGCGCCACGCUAGCAACAACACGGACAAGCUAGUGACCCUGGUCAACAAAUGUCCCAGCUGGAACGAGCAGACGCAGUCGUACGUGCUAAACUUCCACGGCCGCGUCACGCAAGCCUCCGUGAAAAACUUCCAAAUCAUCCACCCGGAGAACGGCGACUACAUCGUGAUGCAGUUCGGUCGCGUUUCCGAGGACGUCUUCUCGAUGGAUUACAGCUUCCCCAUGUGCGCCCUUCAGGCCUUCGCCGUCACGCUCUCGUCUUUUGACGGCAAACUGGCCUGCGAGUGACCCUCAAGUGCUCUGCCGCAUCUUGGAUCUGAACUGCACACUUAAUAAAAAACAACAAGCUACCUAGCUUACCCUUGCACUACAUUAAAAAGUGUACCUAAUAUUAUG